UUAUUAACGCUGGCUUUGGUGAUAUUUCGUAUUCUCAAUUUCAUUGCUGCAAGUUUUUUCAUUUUGUCAGCAUUUGUACAAUACAAUGACCCAGAUCCUGAGCUAUGGAUUCCAGUAUAUCUGGCUCCUGCUAUCAUUUCUGAAUUAAUUGGUUUUAAGCCAUCGCUAUCUGAAUCAAAAAUUCAUAAAAGAAUUAUUUUUAUGCACGAAACAUCACAUUUAUCUGUGAAGAAUUGGCUAUCGUCGGUUUUUAUAUGGAUUCCGAUUGCAAUGUGGAUUUAUGUUUAUAACAAUCAGGAAUGUCGUGAACUUUGGCCUCAACAUUGCCAGACUGCUCUUUAUCCAGAAAGUUAUCCUCCAAGAGAGGAAAGCUGAUAAGACAUUUUGACAAUUUUUAUCAUAAGAAAAUUUUACUAAGUAAGGUCAUGCACACAAAGUCAAAAGAAAAAGAGGUAUUUUUAGAUAAGUUACAGGCGACCACAGAAGUGUCAAGAGCUGUUGAAAUGGUAAAGAUUUAUAUUGAAUAACUAGGUUUUAGUAAAUACCGAAUGACACAAGGCUUGAAGGAGCUCAAUAUAACUAGAAAAACAGUUGAUAAAUUGGUGUGUACUAAUACCGACGUCCCACAGGUUAUUAUAAAUCUGCCACUACUUUAGAACAUAUAUUCGAAUGUCCUAUAAACCAGCAUGGUCCCGAAAGCCGGGCCUGAAAAGUCAGUAAAUCAUAAUGAAGCCAUGAUUGAACAUUUUACUACUUGAUUUUUAGGAUAGAAUAAGAUUUACAUAUUUAUUCGCUUAUAAAAGUCGGUAAUAUCGCCGGAUGAGAACAGAACAGGCCUAAGUCACAUUUUUGAGUUUUGAGAAAAUCGCAAAAAACAGUUUUGAAUUUUAUCAUAGUUGAAUAUCUAGUUAUGUAUUCUCAGUGAAGAUCUGAGCUUUGGCUAGGAUAAGGUCCCUGAUAAUAGCUUUUUAAUCAACAUCUUUUGGCACUUCAACUUCGAUUCGUUUUCAUUUUUUACCCCCCUAAAGACAUUUGGCCUAUUCUGUUCUCAGUGAUAAUUGACGGACUUAGGCCCUUUCUGUCACCCAUUGGUUCUUAGGCCCAAUAUACACUACACAAAUUCCUAUAAUUGUGACUUAGGUCUGUUGGCCUAACCUAUCUCUGCUUGCUAAUGCCAGUAUGCCCCAGUUUCACAGCAGCCUUGUUGUUGUUUUUGUCUUGUGUAUUGAAUCAAAACAACAGAACAACUAACGAACUACAAAAUUAGAUCAAUUUUGAAUGUGAAGUUUUCAAAAACGGAAUAAAAAAGAAACUGAAUAUGAAAAAUCAAAAAACAAUUCAAAGGGUUUGAAACCCUGUGUCUUUAAAACUGGUGAAUCGAUCUAAAUGGAGGAAGAUUCAUCAUCACUGUCUGAUUCAUCUGUUUCAUCAUUUUGAAUGGUGAGACUCUCGUAGAACGUAUGGUAUUGUGGUGGAAUGAGAUUUUUUUUACACAGCUUCAUUAAGGCACCAUAUUUUUCCAUUGUAAUUCCCGGUUUUUUUUUGUAGCUUCGCCUCAUUUCAUUCAUCCUGGGUAACAUAUCCAGGGUUCCUGAAAUUCUUCGACUCAACCUCACUUUUUUUAUGAAUGAAACUUCCUGAUAUCCUUCUUCUGCAUAAAGGUACUUGAAGAAAAACUUAUCAGGUUUUUCACCAGAAAACUUGGCCUGCAUGAUCUUAGACCAUUUGAUCUUUGAUCCAUUCACUUUUAGGUUUGAUUUGUAAACGUCUUGAAACAUGGUGAGUUUUUCUCCAAAUUUGAAAUCCAAGAUAUCACUAUGGGAC